GCUGGAGAUUAACCCCUUCGAGGGCAGAGGCAUGAGGCAGGCUCUCCCCCCGCGCAGCUGCUGCAGAUAAGGAGGGGGCUGUGUGGUUGGCUGGUGCAGUGGUUUAAGGAGGCAGGUCGAGGGGGCUGCUCCCUGGGGGAGCGCUGGGUGGGGCUGUGAAGCGCGAUGGACACCCCAUCUCAGAAGAGGGCCACACGGAGUGGGGCGGGUGGCACCCCGCUCUCUCCCACCCGCAUCACCCGCCUGCAGGAGAAGGAGGACCUGCAGGAGCUCAACGACCGGCUGGCCGUCUACAUCGACCGGGUGCGCUCGCUGGAGUCGGAGAAUGCCGGUCUCCGGCUGCGCAUCACCGAAUCCGAGGAGGUGGUGAGCCGCGAGGUGUCGGGCAUCAAGUCGGCCUACGAAUCGGAGCUGGCGGAUGCCCGCAAGACCUUGGAUUCCGUGGCCAAGGAGAGGGCGCGACUGCAGCUGGAGCUGAGCAAAGUGCGGGAGGAGUUCAAGGAGCUGAAGGCACGGAAUGGCAAGAAGGAAGGGGACCUGCUGGCCGCGCAGGCUCGCCUCAAGGACCUGGAGGCCCUGCUCAACUCCAAAGAGGCCGCGCUCACCACCGCCCUGGGGGAGAAGAGGAACCUGGAUAAUGAAAUCCGGGAGCUGAGGGCGCAAGUGUCCAAGCUGGAAGCCGCCCUGGGCGAGGUUAAGAAGCAGCUACAGGACGAGAUGCUGCGUCGGGUGGACGCCGAGAACCGUCUGCAGACGCUGAAGGAAGAACUCGACUUCCAGAAGAACAUUUACAGCGAGGAACUUCGCGAGACCAAGCGCCGCCACGAGACCCGCUUGGUGGAGAUCGACAACGGCCGGCAGCGGGAGUUCGAGAGCAAGCUGGCCGACGCCCUCCAGGACCUGCGGGCCCAGCACGAAGCCCAGGUCAGACUGUACAAGGAGGAGCUGGAGAAGACCUAUGGCUCCAAGCUGGAGAACGCCAAGCAGUCGGCGGAGAGGAACAGCAGCAUGGUGGGCGCCGCCCACGAAGAACUGCAGCAGUCGAGGAUCCGCAUCGACAGCCUGUCGGCCCAGCUCAGCCAGCUGCAGAAACAGCUCGCUGCCAAGGAGUCGCAGCUGCGGGACCUGGAGGACGCGCUGGCCCGGGAGCGGGAGACCAGCCGUCGCAUCCUGUCCGACAAGGAGCGGGAGAUGGCGGACAUGCGGGCCAGGAUGCAGCAACAGCUGGACGAGUACCAGGAGCUGCUGGACAUCAAGCUGGCCCUGGACAUGGAGAUCCACGCCUACCGCAAGCUACUGGAGGGAGAGGAGGAGAGGCUGAGGCUGUCUCCAAGCCCCAGCUCCCAGAAGGGGGGCUCCAGGAUCCACGUCAGCCACUCCACCACGCCGGGCUCCUCCAAGAAGAGGAAGCUGGAGGACGGGGAGCGCCGGACGAGCUUCUCCCAACACGCGAGGACCAGCGGCCGCGUGGCCGUGGAAGAGGUUGAUCUGGAAGGGAAAUUUGUCCGUCUCAGGAACAAGUCCAACGAGGACCAGGCGAUGGGGAACUGGCAGAUCAAGCGUCAGAAUGGAGAGGAGGCCCUCAUCAGUUACCGCUUCCCUCCCAAGUUCACCCUGAAGGCCGGCCAGGUGGUCACGAUCUGGGCCUCCGGAGCGGGCGCCACCCAUAGCCCUCCCACUGACAUGGUGUGGAAGGCCCAAAGCUCCUGGGGCUCUGGAGACAGCCUGCGUACCGCCCUGAUCAACUCCAGCGGAGAGGAGGUGGCCAUGAGGAAGCUGGUGCGCACGGUGAUCAUCAAUGACGACGAGGAGGAUGACGAUGACGAAGUCAGCGUUCACCACCGUCACCACCAUGCCCACUGCAGCGGCACAGGUGAUCCUGGGGAGUACAACCUGCGUUCCCGCACCGUGGUGUGCGGCACCUGUGGCCAGCCGGCAGAGAAAGCUAGCGGGGCCCAGAACGCCGCAGCCGGCUCCAUGUCCUCGGAAUCGUCCGCCUCCAGCCUCACCAUCACCCGCAGCUACCGCUCCCUCGGGGGCGCUGGCGGGGGCAGCAGCGGCGGCCUUGGAGAAAACCUGAUGACCAGGUCCUACAUCCUGGGUAACUCCAACCCACGCACUCAGGGUCCUCAAAACUGCAGCAUCAUGUAACCAGCAAAGGGCGCACUCCUUGCUUACAUCCUGCCAUAUCAUGCUAUUCCCCCCCCCCAGGCUAGAAAACCAUUUUUCCCCCUUUUUAAAACAAAGGGUUUUUUUGUGUUUUUUUUUCUACAGCAGAAAUUUUAUAUAUAUAUAUAUAAAAAUGCUAAAAGAUGCUUUGAUUUUUUUUAAGAAAAAAUCUAUUUCUAUAAAAAAAAAAUUGCUUUUCAGCUUCUAAAUUUUUUUAAAAACUAAAACCAAAGAGGUCAAAGAAUUGUGGUUACCAAAAAAAAGAGGGAAAAAAAAAAGAUUGUAGUUUAAUAGCUUUCUAGAUGUAUUUUUUUGCCAAAGCUUUUUAUAUAGGACUAGCGGCAGUAAA